AGUGAAUGAUGUACAUAAACAUAGAAAAUGUGAAUGUGUGAAACUUUACAGUCUAGUGAUAUUUUUUGAACUUUUUCAAAAUAUGUAACAAAAAAAGAUUGAUGUAGAUAUUUUUCUUUGAAUUUGCCUUAUCAGUUUUAUCCGUCCAUAAUCGUAACUAAGGUUACAGUUCUAAGAAUAGAAAUUCAGAUGAUUAAAGAAUAUCAAAGAAAAUGAGCAGAGGACCUAGAGACUUGCGGGAUCUUAUUUGUGUUUCGAGGCUUACUUUUCGGGAAAGUGAUGAUGAAGUGUUCAGUGAUAAUGAUAAUUUAAAAGGAGACUGGGAUGAAAUUUCAUUGGGCAGUUCAGGGUCAUGUGACAGUCGCCAAGGUUCAGCAUCUCAGCAGAAAGGUCAAUCACCAGAUUCUGGCUGUGUUACAAAUGGGGGCUCACCUUUGGAUUCAAAUUCUAGUCAGCCUUUGUUUGAGCCAGACUUAAAGCUUGAUCUUUCUUCUUUGAAUCAAAAGAAAAAAGCAAAAAAGAAGAAGAAAAAGAAAGCUUUAGAGACUGAGGUGCCUAGAUUUCCAUUCCCAAAACCUCCCCCUUUACCACCUCUUGGCAGAUCACUAUCAACAGAGCAAGAAGUGGAUCAUACAGGCAAUAUACCACAAAAUACAAAAUCAGGCACAUCAGCUAGAUAUAUAGGUACCAAAAAUGUGAAAAUAAAUGGAAGUAAAUCUAAAAGUAAAAACACUGAAGGUGUUGAGAAAAAAUCUCUAGAUAACUCUGAUGACAUUGAUGAAGAAUCAGUGCCUGUUAGACCUAAGUCUACGGGUGGUCGAACAUACCGUGUUACUGCUGCUAGUCAUGCUGAAAGUGGUGAUUAUGACACAAUGUUAAGUUAUAUGGAUGCAACAGUUGUAUCAGGAUGGUUGACACGUGCUAAUAAAAAUGUUUCGGAUGUAGCAAUGUAUAUUAAUUCAGAUGAUAAUUUUGUUCAAUUUGCACACUUUUGGCUCACAGAUUUUCCUGAUAGUCAGAAAAGGGAGAUUUUUGAGCUUGAAUUAGAAAUUCUAAGAGAAGAACUUGGUUUUGCUUUCGCUCCUGGAAGAGACGAAGGCAAGAUCUCACAUCGCGAUAUCUCGAAUCUCAUUGGUGCUAUAUUUCGGGAAUAUCCAGUAAAACUGGUUAGUGCACGGGGCAAUAUAUUGUUUCUGGAUUACUUAGACACAUUAACAUCAGCCAGGACUCCUAAAUAUAAAACACUAUUGUCCGAUGUGAAAUGCUCAACUAAAAACCGUCAAUAUGCUCAAUGGUUACUUGCCACCAGAUCGUUCACCUUAGUUAGUAUGUGGUGUGCAAUUGUAAACUUUUAUCGGAAUCUGUUGGGACGUCAUGGCAAUACAGACGGCAACUCUAUUCCUCAAGUACCUUCGGCUUUCAAUACAGUGUAUGAGAAGAGACUGUUUCAGGCGUUAAGGCGUGGUUACACAGAUGUUGUUCAUUAUUUAAACGUGGGAGACUAUGUCAAUUUGAGAAUGAUCGAUAGUCAUCAGAGAACACUCAUAUUUACUGCUGUCAUGCAUAAUCAGCCUAAACUAUUACAGUACUUGGUCGCAAGGGUAAAACCUUCUAUUGAUAUUAACCAUGUGUCCGACACUGGGAAUACGGCACUUCAUGCUGCAGUCAACAAUGGUAGUGCCCAGCUUGUGUCCGUAUUACUGAAAAACCCAAAUAUCAAUGUAAAUUGUGUGAACAUGCAAUGUGAGAAUGCAGCUCCUCUACACCUCGCAGUAAUGCAUGGUCAUAAAGAUGUUGUACAACUACUGCUGAAAGCUGGUGCUUCCACAACAUUAAAAAUGGGAGAUUUGUCACCUGUAGAUAUUGCACGAGAUUUCGACCACCCAGAGAUUCUCGAACUUUUUGAGACUAAGUAAUUGAAUUGUAACAACAUGGGGAAUCAAAGAAGUGUUAUUGCAUUUAGUGCAUAAUAUACAUGUUUUACAAGUCAAAUACAAUAUAAUAUAUGUAUUGGCAAAUAAGAUAGGAUUUACCUUAAGUUAAUCAAUGUGCUUAACAUGAUAUCCAUUCAAGGGUAUAUAGUGAGUGAAAAGUGAAAGUCAAAAUAAUAAUCCCUUUCAAUUCUAUAAUUUACUUUGCAUGAACGAUAAGUAACUCGCAUUGUCUAAAGAAAUUUCUGUAAAUAUCCAUUGUCAAUAAUCUGUAACAUCCAUUUUCAAAAAAUAGUGCCAGGGCAGUCUUUUUUCUAUUUUAGGCAGAUUUAUAUUUUAUCUUAAACAUUUUUCAAUAACAGUGUUGGUCAGUCACUCUUUUGAAAUAUAUAGUCAAUUCAGAUAAUCUUGACAAUGGAAAAUUGAGCAUAAUGUCUUUUUAAACAAUGUGUAAUAUCUGUGUGUUAAACAAGGCACAGAUGGCAAGUGAGGAUUUCCUCCAUAAUCAAAAUUGGACAGUCUUCCUGUACUUGUAAUAGACUUGAAACAUAGAUGUAUUUUAAGAGGAAGCAUAUCUAGGUCAGUUAAAUUUUAAUGGAUGAAAUGCAAUAAAUUACUAAAAGAAGGCCUAUGCCACUAACAUAAGAGCCGAGCCAGCUCAUACAUUUACAUGUAUAUUGUCAGGUUUUUUACUAUUGGCUGAUUAUUAAAAUAUAUUGAUAUUGCAAUACCUUUAAUUACAUGUAAUAGACUGUUCAAAAUACCAAAUGUAUGGAAAUGCUACUUCAUCUAUCACAUACAGUACUUCAUCUAUUACAUACAGACAUGUAUGUUUUGUUGUUGUUUUCUAGUGGCAUUAUUUGUUUCCUCAUCAACCUUUUAUCAUUGGUAAUGUUGUCCGAUUAUAGCAUUUGUCCAUCUUUACAUAUCAAGGCUAAAAAGAAGGGAUAUAUAAUAUAAAGUGACCAUCUUGUGUUUAAAACAUUUAUAGAAUAUAAUGUCUUUGAUGUUUAAAGCAAUGUACAUUGUGUAGGUAUUUCCCGAUUGUUUACAAUACUUAUCUCCCAUGCCAAAAGUUGCUGCCAUUUUGGGGGUUAGUAUUUUAUAUAAUAUAAUUGACAAAAUAAAUUGUAUGGGAAAAAAUCAAUAUAAACUGCUGAUUUUGGUGUCUUAUCAAAUUGUUUGAUACAUUUGAAGGAAAAUAUUACAAUACCAAUAUGUAAAAGAUUUUUAUCAGUUUUCAGGAACAUGAUAGAAUUAUUAGAGAUUUUUAUCUUAAGCAUAUUGGGAAUGAGAUUCAAAAUUGUGACCAGGGGAGGUAAUAAUUGAAAUGUCUAAAACAUCUAUGGUAAUUCACAUGUCUGUAAGAACUUAAUGUGAUUGAUGUGUUUUGAAGACAUGCAAGAAUAUUUAUUUUAUUGUUUUGCUAUGUACACUGCAAGUUAUUUGAUCACAUUGACAAUGCUUUUAUUCCUUACUUCACACAAUCAUGUCUUCAAGGUCAUAAUUGUAGGUCACAAAGCAAAACCCAUAGAUAAAGCAAGGGUUUGUACUCAAUUUUUCCCUUUGUCACCGUUCAGAUCUGUUCACUAUUUUUGUGAGAAGAUGUGUAAGAGGCAAAAUAGCUCAGUCGAUAGAACUGCGGAAUGGUAUUCUGAUGGUCUCCUAUUCGAGUACCAGUUGGGCUGCACCUUGUGACAUCUUUUAAGAAAUUUGUUUUUACAUCUGGGUCAUAUUGAAGUUUAGUUAAUCUUUGUAAGGCACAGCAAACAUUUCAAUGGAUUUAUAACCUAAUUUGGAUUUUGGCAGAGGGUUGUAAACAGCCUUAUAUAAUUGUAUGCGUGUUUGUAGACUGGACAUUUCUGUUAUAACUGGAAAUUAACAUUUGUUUCUGCUGAUUGUUGAUAAUUGUAUGAUUGUCGGAUAAAUAUAUUAUAAUGUUGCAGGUAUUUAUUAUAUUUAUUGCUUCACCAUGUUGCUUCAAGAAUUUUUGUUCACUUGUUUGUAUAAAACAUAAUGUAUGUAUUCUAUUUUUUAAGAUAUGAAAGUUUAAUGUUUUUGCUGUAAGCAGAAUUUAUAUUGAAAGAUAUCUGCAUGGCAGAUUUGAAGUUUCACAUUUUAUUUAUUUUGUUUUUGAAUUUUGAUAAUGAUGAAGUCCUCCAGAUAUAAUUACAGAGUAUGUAUUAUAAACUGCCAGUACAUGUAUAUAGGUACCUGAGAGUUGACAAUAUUGAUUGAUGUUCCUGGUCUUUAACACCCAGUAUUACAUACAUGUAUUAAGAAAAAGUAUUAUUAUUGACAUAUUGAUGAUAUUCACUGUCAAAAGGUAGUAGAACCAAAUUUAAUUCAAGUUAAAAGCUUUUUAUUUAGGUUACAAUUAGGACAAGUAUAUUGUUGGUCAGCCUGUCAUAUAUUACACAGAAUAAAGUAAAAAGAUUUUGUGCCAAGAUUUACACCUGUUUCACUGUCUAAAAGGUCAAGGUCAUAAUUAGAAGUAAGAGGACAAUAAAUCUCAAUUGAUCUUUAUGUUCCUUAGUUACAUAUAGUGAAAUGUUUUCUGGCAAACAUAAACAUUGUAAUUAUGUUGUUUUAUGUACACCUAGGUUGACAUUUUAAGUAUGAACUACUGGUAGAAUGUAAUUUUUGAAAGCAAACUUUCAUUUUUCUAUUCAGGUUGUCCUGUAAAAGCUAAAAUUUGAAAAAUUUCUUGUGUUUAUAGUUAUGCUUUUAGGACUUAUAUAUGUAUAUGAUGCUUAAUUAAAGGAAAAUUGAUAGAGUUUUCUUUUUUAGAAUAAGAAUUCAAACUGUCUGUUAUAAGAGUGAAUGUUGCUGUAAAUGUUGAAAGAACAUGAUAUAAUUUUGUAUGACUGACGAAGAAGUCAGAUAUAGAAAUUUUAAUUUAUGUGUGUGUAUAUGUUGUGAAGCUUCAAUUGAAUAGAUGAUUUAAUAUUUACCAUUGUUUGUGACUUCAUACAGAUAAUGUUGUUUUUUUCCUGUGAUAAGAUAAUGGAUUUAUAAGAAGUUAUUGAAGUGUUACUAAGUAUUUGAUAGUAAAAAUACCAUUUGACAA